UUUCAAAGAUGGCAGCCCGCAGUGUCAGGUCGUGUAUUGUGGAACAGCCGGUAAUUUCUACGAUGACAUUGUGUUAGGUUUGUUGAAAUAACAGAUUCGUAUGUUCUAUUAAAAAAUAACACAAACGCGGUGCCGUUUAGCGACAUGUCACAACGUUAGCGGCUGAGUUCGGCGCUGCUACUUAGGCAUGGUGUAACUACCUGUAAGUUACUGUAGACGACUUGUUUUCAAGUAGAAACAUUACAGUUUGACAGAAAAUGUUUCCAGUUACGUGGUCGCGGCUGUCCUGUCUGGCUUUGUCCUGCCGAGGACAGAGAUCGCUGAGUCUGUUCUCCAGUUCCGGGUCUUCAAACUGGAGCAAAGUUGUCUCAGAUGCAGAGAAGAUAGUCGGAUAUCCGACCUCCUUCAUGAGCCUGCGCUGCCUGCUCAGUGAUGAACUCAGUAAUGUGGCCAUGCACGUCAGGAAGCUGGUCGGGACUCAACACCCUUUACUCAACACUGCAAGGGGUUUUGUCUACGAUAGCAAGAACAACCUUCAGAUGAGGGGUCUGAUUGUCCUGCUGAUGUCAAAAGCAGCAGGGCCGAGCCACGCAGCCCCCGACCUCCUAACUCAGGACAUGGUCAGUGGCAUCUACCCCAGCCAGAGGAACCUGGCGGAAAUCACAGAGUUGAUCCACACAGCGUUCCUGGUGCACCGUGGCAUAGUUGAUCUGAAGGAGUGGACGGUUUCAGACGGCCCUCUGAAGGACAUGCAGUUCGGGAAUAAGAUGGCCGUCCUAAGCGGCGACUUCCUGCUCGCCAAUGCCUGUACCGGGCUGGCUCAGCUGAACAACACGAAGGUCGUUGAGCUGAUCUCCAGCGCCAUUGGUGAUUUAGUUCAAGGAAUCUAUUAUGAGAAUUCCAACAGUACUGAGGAGACUCCUCUGGGCGAUGGCGUCGAUGUGGCUUCAUGGGAGGAGCAGACCUUCCUGUCCCACGGGGCGCUGUUAGCCAAGAGCUGUCAAGCUGCGAUGAAGCUCGCCAGACACGACCAGGAGUCCCAAAGACUGGCCUACAAGUACGGCAAGCAUCUGUCACUGGGCCACAAGCUGAACUCUGACCUGCAGCCGUUUGUGAAGAGCACCAUGGGAGAGCCGGUGUCAUUUAGCUUGAGCGCCGCCCCUGUGGUUUUCCACCGUCAGAUCGUUGGCAAGGACAGGUGGCAUCAGCAGCUGCAGCAGGCAACAUCUUUGAGGAAUCAACUGGAUUACUCAAAGCUUUUGGCAGCAGUUAAGUCGGAGAAAGGCGUGAGCUCAGCGGUGGACUUGUGCUGUUACCAUGGCAACAAGGCUCUGGAGGCCAUCCAGGCUUUCCCCUCCUCCGAGGCUCGAUCCGCCUUGGAGAACAUCGCCUCUGCCGUCACCAAAUUUUGACCUGGACACACACACACGCACACACGCAGUCGCACACUCCUGUGCCUGCCCGGAGUGUCUUUGUCUGCAGAGCCUUACAGGACCACAACCACCAAACAGUUGACACUUAAGACACAAACGAACUUCUUGUGAUCCAGAUGCUGGCUCAUGUCUGGAGGAAGUGUUCUGCUCUGACACGGAUGACAGUGUGCAUCAGAAAUGCAACACCUAUAAAUGGUCAUCAUAAAAUAAAAAUACAUCACCCCA